GAAAGUGCGAUUUCUCAAAACCUGAGGCAAACGGAACCUGGAUUUGUGAGAAACCGGAGAAACUACCGUGUUCCGCCAUCACAAAGUGCCGAUGGAACCCAGAUAUGCGCAGGGUACGCGCACUAGUGUCUCAAGAGGAAAUGAAACUUUUCCAAAAGCCAUAUCUUGAGACAGAACUUGAAGUAAAUCCCAAGCAGCCCAUACGAGUCCUCGAGACAGAACUACCCACACCAGAACACCUUCCAGCGUGUACCGGGAACACGCGUGAGUCCGGAGCUUCGCUGGGACACUGGUCAGGCAAGGUGUGGAAGUCAGCGGUCUGUAAUGUCCGAGUCUUCAAUAAGGAGGAGAUCCAGCGGUGCCUAGCUAACAAGACCGUGUACUUGCAAGGUACGUGUCAUAGCGGUGUGGUAGUCCACUGUGGUUAUUACUUCGCCGGGAAGGUCAUUGACUCUACCAUUAGACAAUGGAGCGAGCAUUUGCAGAAUGUAGUGCCACUAUACAGCGAUAAUAGAACCACGAAUUCACCAGUGUUUCGAGUAGCAAACAACAACCAGUGGAACAUCUCUGUUCGCUUUCGUUUCCACAACGUUCCCGUUCAAGUAAAAGCUUGGUUUAAUUUUCAAGACUUCCGCUACAUUGUUGAUGAGCUGGAUGCCACCCAGGGAGGCCCAAACACCGUGAUAGUCCUAAGUCUGUGGGCUCACUUUGUAGCUGAGCCGUUGGACGUGCUUCGGUCACGUCUGUACGCCAUACGGGGCGCCAUACACCGUCUCCUGCGCAGGAGUCCCGGCACGCUAGUUUUCGUGAGAACUGGAACAACGCGAGAACACAAGGGGGGAAAGUUCGAGUACUAUCUGCUUGCCAGCGACUGGCUGGCUUACCAGAUCACGGAGGUGAUACGAGAGGUGUUGCGGGAUGUUAAAGACGUGGUUUUGUUGGACACGUGGGACAUGAGUGUCUGUCAAUGGGGCAAAGACCAAGUUCAUCCAGAUCAGAUCAUGGUAGAUAGUCAACUAAACAAACUAUUUUCUCAUAUCUGCCCUACGUAGGACAGGAAUAGCCGUAUCAUUCUAUGCCAUGAUUAUCCCGUCGUACUCUCCAAGCAGACGUGUCAGCUGGAUGAAAAAGAGAAGAAUUUUUAAUGGACGAAUAGGGACAA